UGGCGACUGGCCUGUCCUCCCUACAGCUGGCCCAGUCACACUAAAGUAAGUCGUCUCUUCGAGCUCCAAUCCGGAUUCGUUCCGCAAUUUAUUUAAGUUCAUUGAUCUAAAUCGAGUUUCAGGUUUCAACAAGUUUCAGGCGAUGUGGAUUUUUCGAUCUUCCAAAAUAGUUGUUCUCGUUCCAAAAACGGAAUUCUCGAAUUCAACGUCAACUUUCAAGCAUCAUGAUCGGGACCGGCACCGUCGAGUCACAACCUGACUUGAUAUAAAGAGUCAACAAUCGCAAUAUCCCUCCAAACUGCUACCAUGGUUUCACCCUCUACUAGCGUUUCUUCUGCGUUCAGCUGCUGUGACCAUAUGCGUCGUCUGGAGGAGAAAAUCUCGAUAGAAGCCCUCAAAAAGUUGGCCUGCAAGCACGCACAGUCCCCUUCCGCUCACGUCCAAACACCAGCGUUGCAAGGCUCCUAUAACCUCGUCUAUAUUAUCACUUUCCCUGACGGUAGGAAAUGGGUAGCCAGAAUUCCAGAGCCGUCUUUCACUGACUCCCAAAAAAUCGAGAGCAUGAUAGGGACCAUGCGAUUGAUCUCGGACAAAACCUCCCUUCCUCUACCUAUCGUCCACGCCUAUGAUAGCUUCCCGAACAAUAGCCUUGGGUACGCCUAUAUGUUCACCAGCUUCAUAGAGGGCAUCCGCCUGUCAGAUAUAUGGACCAAACCGGGCGCUCUCACUGACGCCAACCGUCGCCAUAUUUUUCAGCAGAUAGCUAACUCAAUGGCCCAGCUUUGCGUACUCGAGUUCGAUAGCAUCGGUACACUCGAAUUCCCUGGCUCUGACCUCUCGUAUACGAUCGGACCUUUGCGUAAAAUCGAAGAAGGCAAGGUUGUUCACGAAAUCGGACCCUUCCCCACCGCCCUUUCUUACAUCAAUGAACUCGCCUCAUCUCUUGCCGACAAAAAUAAUGAACGUCCCUCAGAGUACGCGCACUAUUCCGUUCUUUGUCUACUCUCCCUCUUUCUCCCCAAUCCACAGUUUGACGGACCUCCAUUCGUUCUAUCGCCUCCUGACUUCGACUCGCAGAAUGUAAUGGUGGACCCUCAGACCUUCACUGUUACUGGAUUCCUCGAUUGGGAUAACGUAUUUGUCGGUCCUCGAGAAGGCGGAUAUGCGCGUUAUCCGUCGUGGAUCACUAGGGGCUGGGGCCCGAUUAUGUAUGAUUGGCCUCCUCGGUCACACACACACAAAGAAGAUUCCAACCGUGAUCAAUCUGUGACGGGAAAUGCUAUGCCGAAGGACGACGAACCCGUGCAUAACUGUUCUUCCCGCGAAGAGCCGCCUGAGGUGCUUCAAGCCCACCGGGACCUUUACUACGCCAUAUACUCUGACAUAGAUCCCACUGGCGGAGAAGUCACCCGUCGUUCUCACAUCUUCGAGGCCAUUGUUAUCGCACUCACAGAUCCAGCCCUAUCGGCUGAAAUCAUGUCGAAACUGAUCAAUCACGUUUUUGGAGAUCAAUGGUUAGGCAUGGGAGAAUUACUGCUUGGAAUUGAAGCUGGGGACUGGCUUGCCAAUACACGUAGAGGUCGUGGGGCCCAUGCAUCGUCGAGUGAAUCAUAGCAAGGAAAUGAUCCCACAGAAUUUCAAGUGAUUGUGGGAGGCGUCCUAUCUACCAGACUCAACAGUGUCAAAUCCGAUGGUCUUAUGUUACUGCCAUUUCGUUCCCAGCGCCCUGUAAGAUAAAUUAUUUUACCGCACCGAUUAUGUCCAGGCAAUUAGAACGUGAUCGCCAUUCGCAACCAGACCCAUCAUAGAUAUACGUCCAGUAUGUUUUAUGAUCUCAAUGUGACGUUCAAUCAGUUUGCACUGCAAGGGAAAACAACAUCAUGAUCGCCCAUUGAACCGCGUAGAUUGUUUUCGCUACGAGUGUUUGCCAUUCAUCGGGGAAUAGGAAAAGCCUGUAAGAUUUAGGGUAACGCGUUAAUACACGCAAACACGACUCCGCGACGUUCUGUUUGUGUCCGAAGGAAG